AUGCACUCACCUCCUAGAGAACAGCCUGCCAUCAUGCUCUGGAAACUGGUUGAAAAUGUCAAGUAUGAAGAUAUCUAUGAGAUGUUAGUCCACACCUAUUCCGCCAUGGACCGGCAUGAUGGAGUGCCCAGCCACAGUUCCCGGCUGUCCCAGCUGGGAUCCGUCUCGCAGGGACCCUAUUCCAGCGCUCCUCCGCUGUCUCACACCCCGUCCUCGGAUUUCCAGCCGCCUUACUUCCCACCCCCUUACCAGCCUCUUCCUUACCACCAAAGCCAGGACCCUUACUCCCAUGUCAAUGACCCUUACUCCCUAAACCCCCUGCACCAGCCCCAGCAGCACCCCUGGGGACAGAGGCAGAGGCAAGAGGUGGGAUCGGAGACCGGGUCGCUGCUGCCACAGCCUCGGGCCGCCCUGCCGCAGCUCUCGGGACUGGACCCCAGGCGGGACUAUCACUCGGUCAGGAGGCCAGACGUCCUCCUGCACUCAGCUCACCAUGGCCUGGACUCCGGCAUGGGCGACAGCCUUUCCCUGCACGGCAUCGGACACCCGGGCAUGGAGGAGGUCCAGUCAGUUGAAGAUGCCAAUAACAGCGGUAUGAACUUAUUGGACCAGUCUGUCAUUAAAAAAGUUCCGGUUCCUCCAAAAUCUGUUACUUCUUUGAUGAUGAAUAAAGAUGGCUUCCUGGGUGGAAUUUCAGUCAAUACCGGUGAGGUGUUUUGUUCCGUACCUGGCCGCUUGUCUUUGCUCAGUUCAACCUCAAAGUACAAAGUCACUGUGGGAGAAGUUCAAAGACGCCUUUCUCCUCCCGAGUGUCUCAACGCGUCGCUCCUCGGAGGAGUGCUCCGAAGAGCCAAAUCGAAAAACGGGGGGAGAUCUUUGCGAGAAAGGCUAGAAAAAAUCGGUUUGAAUUUACCAGCCGGCAGGCGUAAGGCCGCAAAUGUCACUUUACUCACCUCCCUGGUGGAAGGCGAGGCCGUUCAUUUAGCUCGGGAUUUUGGGUAUAUCUGCGAAACGGAGUUCCCAGCCAAGGCUGUUUCUGAGUACCUGAACAGACAGCACACGGACCCCAGCGAUCUCCACUCCAGGAAAAACAUGCUGCUUGCUACAAAGCAACUUUGCAAAGAAUUUACAGAUCUCUUGGCCCAGGACAGGACGCCCAUCGGAAACAGCCGGCCCACCCCUAUUUUGGAACCGGGCAUUCAGAGCUGCUUGACUCACUUCAGCCUCAUCACUCACGGCUUUGGGGCCCCCGCUAUCUGCGCUGCCCUCACGGCCCUUCAAAACUACCUAACUGAAGCUCUCAAAGGCAUGGACAAGAUGUUCUUGAACAACAACACUGCUAACAGGCACACAUCUGGCGAAGGACCAGGUAGUAAAACUGGAGACAAGGAAGAGAAACACAGAAAAUGA